CUGUCAUCACCAUGGGAACUACACUUACACUAGAAUAUGAAUGCAAAUGAUAUCCAAUAAAUUUUUGUUAUGUGAAGUUUGUGAAAGUGGGUGGGGCUGCUGACAUUACAGGAAGUGUCUUCCAUGAGACAAUGUUGAAAGCUGUUCGCUCCAUUCUUGGUCGUCCACCAGUUGAACCAUCACCUCGUUGCGGUCAAUUCUCUGCAGUUGACGGACGCCAUUACAUGUGGAGGGGGUAUUGUCCAGGAAAGGGGUCUAACAUCAUUGCUGUGUAUGAUCCAAGCACUGAGCUGUGGAGCCUCUUGCCCACCACUGGACCUCUACCCCCUGGAGAGUGUAGUGGUUGCUUUGUUUGUGUAGGUCGUUGCCUGUACACCUUUGGUGGUCGUGAUGGGUCUUCUUACUUCAAUGACAUGAGCAAGCUUGAUCUGGACACUCUCCAGUGGAUCAACGUUCAAACCUCUGGUAGUCAGCCUAUGAAAAAGGCUUACUGUGGACUUGUCCGUGUGAAUGAGAGAACUCUGUGCUGCUUUGGAGGAGAAGGUAUUGAGGGCACCACACAACCAGGAUCAACAUUCACCAAGAUUGGACGGUCUGAUGGAAGUGGACAGACAAACGAGUUCCAUUUCUUUGACACACAAAAUGGUGUCUGGUCGUCCCCUGAGCUCAGAGGAGAGAGACCUCCUCUCUGUAGUUCCUUCACCUUCACCAUGGUGGACCAGCACAGGGCAGUCCUCUUUGGAGGGUGGCAACCUGACCGUGGUGUGGUCAAUGAAGUCUACAUGUUUGACUUCAGGACCAUGGAGGUCACUAAGGUGAAGCCAGUACAGGGAGAGCCAUGGCCAGUGGGGAGGUUAGCCCAUGCUGCCUGUUGUCUCAACUAUGGCCAGGACCACCCUCAACUACUGGUGUACGGAGGAGUGGAUAAUGGCUACAAGACACCGGGGGUAAUGUGGAUACUGGAUGUAGACACUGUCAAGUGGGCAGAGGUGACACCUCCUGAGUCAAUGACACCACGUUACUUCUACUCCAUCACUGCCACCAGUCUGGGACCAGGACUCACUGAGGUCCUUGUGUUUGGAGGCCGUCGGAAGGGGGGAUUUGCCAUUGCUGAGACCACCAUACUGAGAUUUGAGUUGACUGGACCCUCAGCGUCUGUUGCUGGACCCUCGGCUGGGAAGUGGGCUCUCGUGGAUGUGGCCCACAACGACACUAGAGGCUCCACCCAGCGACUGAGUGAGAAGAGAGAGUAUCAACUCCGACUACAGUUGCAAGAAAAGGAUCGUGAAUUGGCUACACAAGCUAGAGAAUUAGUCACCAAAAACCGUGAAUUGUCUGAGGCCAACCGUCGUUAUCAAGAUGCAGACCAGGCUAUGCAAUUACUUUUACAAGAGAAGGAUCGUGAAUUGGCUAUUAAAGACCUUGAAUUAGCUACACAAGCUAGAGAUUUGGCUACAAAAGAUCGUGAAAUGACUGAGGCCAACAGUAGAGAAGCUGACCUGUCUGCUCGAAUCACAGCUCUAGAGAGGGAGUUAGAAGGCAAGACAAAAGAGUUGGCUGCACACAACACAGAGGUGUGGAGGAUUCCGGCCAACAGAGUGAUCACGAUGAGAACGAUUGGCACUGGAGGAUGGGGGGAGGUGCUGGAGGGAACAGUGACGGUGGCCGUCAAGCGACUCUUUGCUGCCAUUGUCAACCCACGCAAUCUGGAGAGACUCCAGAGAGAAAUGAGGCUCUUGGCUGAAGUACGACACCCCAACCUGGUGCAGUUCAUUGGGGCAGUGUUUGACCAGUCCCCUCCUCUCAUCAUCACCGAGCUUCUGGACAUGAAUCUCCGACAAGCGUACGAAGAGAAUCAACUGGACCCAGGAAACCGCCUCUCGAUCUUCAUGGACAUUGCCCUCGCUCUGAACUACCUGCACCAGCGCUACGAUCCCAUCAUCCACCGUGAUGUGAGUGCUCCCAACGUCCUCCUCCAGCGAAUGCCCAACCACCAGUGGAAGGGGAAGGUCUCUGACCUGGGCUCAGCCAACUUCCUGCAGCAUGCUCAUACAAUGGGAGAGGGGGCCAUAAUCUACUCCCCUCCUGAAGUCAUCCCUCAAGCCUUUGAUCCUCUCACUCCACCUCUGAGACAGUCUGUCAAGAUCGAUGUGUACAGCUACGGUAUUGUCCUCUGUGAGGUGACCGCUAGUCGAUUCCCAAGUGCUGAACAUUAUCGAGACAUGAUUCUCCAAGUACAGAGGCAGCAUCCUGCAGUGUACGAGCUGAUACUCCACUGCACUAAGAGAGAGCCCAGCCAUCGACCCAGCAUGGCACAGGUGAUGGUGGAACUGAACAAAAUAGCACCCUUUUAACUAUGAACAAUGUAUAUACGGUGAACACUUAUCUAUAGUAUAGCUUCCUUUUUAGUUUAGGUUGUAGUUGAUAAUUAAUACCCAUUGUGGGACUCUGUGUUAUACACACACUAAUUGUUUGAACAAUGUGAACACUUAUAAUUAUCCAGUAGCUAGCUUCUUGAUUUUGAUUUUUAAUUACUAGAAUUUUAUUUUUAGCUUUGGCUUUUGUAGUGUGUGUUUGCACUCUCCUAUUAUGAUGA